AUGGCGUCCCCGGCGCUGGCGGCGGCGCUGGCGGCGGCGGCGGCGGCGGGCCCCAACGUGAGCGGCGCAGGCGAGGGGGGCAGCGGCGGGGCCGCCAACGCCUCGGGGGCUGCCUGGGGGCCGCCCCCGGGCCAGUACUCGGCGGGCGCCGUGGCGGGGCUAGCGGCCGUGGUGGGCUUCCUCAUCGUCUUCACUGUGGUGGGCAACGUGCUGGUGGUGAUCGCUGUGCUGACCAGCCGCGCGCUGCGUGCGCCGCAGAACCUCUUCCUGGUGUCACUGGCCUCGGCCGACAUCCUGGUGGCCACGCUGGUCAUGCCCUUCUCGCUGGCCAACGAGCUCAUGGCCUACUGGUACUUCGGGCAGGUGUGGUGCGGCGUGUAUCUGGCGCUCGACGUGCUCUUCUGCACCUCGUCCAUUGUGCACCUGUGCGCCAUCAGCCUGGACCGCUACUGGUCCGUGACGCAGGCUGUCGAGUACAACCUGAAGCGCACGCCGCGCCGCGUCAAGGCCACCAUCGUGGCCGUGUGGCUCAUCUCGGCCAUCAUCUCCUUCCCGCCGCUUGUCUCACUCUACCGCCAGCCCGACGGCGCCGCCUACCCGCAGUGUGGCCUCAAUGACGAGACCUGGUACAUCUUGUCCUCCUGCAUCGGGUCCUUCUUCGCGCCCUGCCUCAUCAUGGGCCUGGUCUACGCGCGCAUCUACCGGGUGGCCAAGCUGCGCACGCGCACGCUUAGCGAGAAGCGCGAGCCCGCGGGCCCCGACGGCGCGUCCCCGACCACGGAGAACGGGCUUGGCGCGGGCGAGAACGGGCACUGCGCGACCCCGCGCCGCCCGCGCGCCGAUGUGAAGCCGGAGGACAUCAGCGUGGCGGCCGAGAGGAGGCGGCGCCGAGGCGCGCUGCGGCGGGGCAGGCGGCGGCGCGCGAGCGGCGAGGGGGCCGCGGACGGCGAGGGGUCGGGGCCCGGGACGGGGACGACCGAGCCGGGCGCGAUGGCCGCCGCGAGGUCCCCGGUCCCCAGCUGGCGCCUGUCGCGCGCCAGCUCGCGUUCCGUCGAGUUCUUCCUGUCGCGCCGGCGCCGGGCGCGCAGCAGCGUGUGCCGCCGCAAGGUGGCCCAGGCGCGCGAGAAGCGCUUCACCUUCGUGCUGGCGGUGGUCAUGGGCGUGUUUGUGCUCUGCUGGUUCCCCUUCUUCUUCAGCUACAGCCUGUACGGCAUCUGCCGCGAGGCCUGCCGGGUGCCCGGCCCGCUCUUCAAGUUCUUCUUCUGGAUCGGCUACUGCAACAGCUCGCUCAACCCGGUCAUCUACACCGUUUUCAAUCAGGACUUCCGGCGCUCUUUCAAGCACAUCCUCUUCCGACGGAGGAGAAAGGGCUUCAGGCAGUGAUCCGCUCACUCUACCCGGCUCAGAGACCCUGGACAGCUCCCAGCGGAGGGGGCGGGCAGGCGUGGCCUCCCAGGAGAAAGUGGGAGCAACUUUCCCAGGGACCCAGGGAUGGAUAGGCCUUCAGGGCGCAGGGGAGGGUGCUGCACGGCCGGAGGGAGG